UUUCGCCCUCCCUCUCCCGUGAACCGGACCACUCUCCUCUUCCUCCGCCUCUCCUCUCCUCUCCUGUGUUGUGCUGUAUAAAACGGACGUCCCCCUCGCUUUCUCUGGACUAUGUUCUCGUUGGCAGCCAGGCGACAGAGCGGUAGAGAGUGAGGGAAGGAGAGGGUGGGGCGCAAACGGUAUCGGCGAUGGCGGGGAUCGGUCUGGAACUGAGGCUCUGCGCCUCGAGAACCGUCGGCGGCUUCGUCAAGCAGGCGGCGGCCGUUGUCGAGACCACCGACCGCGGAGUGGCGAAGUUGGAGGAGUCCGUCAGGAGCUUGGAGGAGGAGAGGAGAAAGAUCGAUGCUUUCAAGCGCGAGCUCCCUCUCUGCAUGCUCCUCCUCACGGACGUGAUCGAAGGGUUGAAGAAGGAGCUUGAGCGCUGCCGAGGCCAGAAGUUGGCGAAUGCCUUCGAAGAAUUCAUGCCCAUUAGGAGAAAGUGCGAGGAGGAGGCUGGGGUGAAGCUGGAAGCGGAUUACGAGGACAAGAAGAACUGGAUGAGUUCUGCUCAGCUGUGGAGCGUUAAUUCUAGCGAAAACAACGAUGAGGAUGACAAGAGCAUCACGGACGAGAGAAAUGGAAGACCGGAUUGCGAUGCGGAGAAGGAAAGCUUGAACUUAGAAUCCAAGAAUCUGAGUGCCGGGGGCGCAUUCGUGCAGUUUAAGGGCAUAUCAGCCCUCGCGAUGAAACCAAAGGAAGAGGUAAAGCCACUGCCUGAUCUCUCCCUGCGGUCACCUGCGGUCAAGAGCAACUCUUGCCCUGUUUCUGCCGUCACCGAGCACCAGGCUGGUGGUGGCUCGGGCUCUAAAGGCGUUGUUAGAGCGCCGCCGGCGAUGACCGGUGCCCACCUUAGCUUGCAGGUGCUGCAGCAGGCACCGAGGAAAGCGAGGAGGUGCUGGUCGCCAGAGCUGCACCGCCGGUUUGUCCUCGCUCUCCAUCAGCUGGGUGGUGUUCGAGUGGCUACUCCAAAGCAGAUCAGAGAACUGAUGAAGGUGGAUGGUCUUACCAAUGAUGAAGUCAAAAGCCAUCUGCAGAAAUAUCGGUUGCACUCUCGAAAGUUGCCGAAUGCUUCAGCUUCUUUUAGUCGACCUCCUAUGGUUUUAGGAGGCUUGUGGGUUCCUCCAGAGAACCAUACAGUUUCACCACAACAGAGUGAUUCCCAGUCUGGCUCUCCUCAGAGUUCUCUUCGAUUAGCUGGUUGCGACGGCACAAUCUCUGCCGCUGCUGGGGAUAGCUGUGAGGAAGAAGGGAAGUCGGAGAGCUGCAACGGGAGAUGAGGAACAUUUGCUGCUGAACAUAGUUAACAAGUAUAUGAAGAGAGAUCCUUGGGAGUAUUGUGAAGAGACUGAUAUAUUACUUCCAAUGCAUAGAGAUAAGGAGAGCUUUGUGGAUACAAUGCCUGGCAUGACCGAGCCUGAGCGUGUAGCAUAAGAGGGGUUGCUUUUGCUGAGUAGAGAAGUGAUAGAUCUCCUCACAUGAGAUUUUAGGCAGCAUUCAAGUUCCCCACCAUUAGUCGUCAAUUUUCCUUGAGUUUUGGUGUUUGGAUAAACUGACGCUUGCUUUCGACAAUGUUGCAUUUUCCCUGGAAUAAUAAGUUGUGCCGGUUUUCGACA